AUGGAGACUGCAGAUUAUAAGAUAGCUCUUUUUAUCUUGUCGUCAGUAAUUCCACCAUGGAAACAUGAUAAAAUUAAAUCUAUCUGUGAUGUAUUUAUCCAGCUUCAGAUAUCUGGUGAUUUAUACCCAGCUGAUAUUAAAGUUUUGUACAAAUUGUUGAAGAAGAUGGAUCGAGGAGAUUUAAUCAGCAAAGUCAGAGCCUACCAAGGAGCUCAGCCAACAUCAGGGAAUACAAAGUUAGGAUAUGGACCAGAAGAACAUCGACAGGUAUACGUACCUAGAACAAUUGAGUCAAAGGAACCAGAAUACCAAGGAGCUCAGCCAACAUCAGGGAAUACAAAGUUAGGAUAUGGACCAGAAGAACAUCGACAGGUAUACGUACCUAGAACAAUUGAGUCAAAGGAACCAGAAUACCAAGGAGCUCAGCCAACAUCAGGGAAUACAAAGUUAAGAUAUGGAUCAGAAGAACAUCGACAGGUAUACGUACCUAGAACAAUUGAGUCAAAGGAACCAGAAUACCAAGGAGCUCAGCCAACAUCAGGGAAUACAAAGUUAGGAUAUGGACCAGAAGAACAUCGACAGGUAUACGUACCUAGAACAAUUGAGUCAAAGGAACCAGAAUACCAAGGAGCUCAGCCAACAUCAGGGAAUACAAAGUUAAGAUAUGGACCAGAAGAACAUCGACAGGUAUACCUACCUAGAACAAUUGAGUCAAAGGAACCAGAAUACCAAGGAGCUCAGCCAACAUCAGGGAAUACAAAGUUAGGAUAUGGACCAGAAGAACAUCGACAGGUAUACGUACCUAGAACAAUUGAGUCAAAGGAACCAGAAUACCAAGGAAUUCGAGGAACCAGAUCAAAAAAUAGUAGAACAGAUCAUAAUAUGGAUGAUUACAUGCAUAAAAGAUUUAAAAUGCAAGACAUAGAAAAUUACAGAGCUGUUCCAAGUCUCAAAUACCAACAGAAUCCAGUAUUUUCGGGUGUAAAGCACGAGCAACCAUCACCUGGUACCAACCCAUCUGUAAGAGGUGUUGGGAACCAGACACCAACCGAACCUUCACCUUUUCAUAGAACUGGAAUAAUUAGUGAGGUACCAGUGAAUCAUCUCAUUAUUACAGAGGAGCAAUCCCCUGGAGACAGUGGGCUAACAGCAGGAUUUAUGACGUUUUUGGACAGAAGUUCACAAGAUAAACGUUCAGGAGAUAUACCACUGUCAAUAACUGAAAGUAAACUGGUUGGGGUUUCUAAAGUCAUAGCAAGAAGAGAUGAUUGUUUUUUACUGGCUUCAGCAUUGAUGAUUGAUUCUAACCAGACAUCUCAAAUAAUGCAGGCAAAUCCAACAAAUGUGCUGAGAGUUCAUGGCUUCCUUAAACACUGGUUUAUUGAACAGAGAAAUAGAUCAGGUACCAGUCCAACUGCAGAUGCUCUCUUAAAAGCUUUUGAACAAUUGGGAUUUACAGAUGCUAUUGAAGAGUAUGCACGACUUAGUCGCGAACCAGAAGCUGAACUUGAACAAGGUUCUGAGAAUCUUGCUGUACGGUCAGAAAAAUUAUUUGGGAUUCAAGAGCAGAAUUUUAAUGUCUCAUCAGCUAUUGAUAAAAAUGGACUAAUUGAUAAAGGCAGUGAUUCUAUUGUUGAUUGGAAUGGUGUGAUUUAA